AACUUAUUUGAAUGUAACGAAAUUAAGGGCCGCCGCAGUCAUACCAUCCGGCCUCCGCCGCGCCUUCGGGGUUUGAGGCGGAUGGGCAGCGGUGCCAGCGUAUCGCCCGGGGCUGGGCGGUCCCUGGAAGACAGGUACGGUGUGAUGGGGGUGGGCGAAUCUGCGCAGGCUUGCCCCGGCGCGCAGGACUCCUUUUUGUGCUGGUGUGCUUGAGCGAGCAAAUGGGGCUGUCUGGUGCCAGCCCAGUGGAGGAGGCAGGAAAAGGAUGGGGUCUUUCGUAUUGGCUCAUUUACUCUCUCUUAACCUCAUCUCGCCUCUUGCUUGUCGCUUCGCUCCUCUCCGGUCUCUCACCCUCUCCUUUCUGCUGCCUUCUCUCCACCCCUCACCUCAUUUUUUUCUCUCAUGGGAAACUCCUUUAGAGAAUCUGCCUUCUCAAGAUGCCACAGUGAAUAUACACAAGGAAAGCAGCAAAGUGGGCAAAAAGUGUGGGGGUGGAUUAAACAACGUUUAGAUCUUCCUUGGUGGUUACUGCAGCCUGGAUUGGGUGGGGAGUUUGGGUGGUGGCGAUCCAGGUAUGGGCCGCUGCAGUUGUUAAGUUUCUCUUUGAUGAUCCUGCUAUUGGUUGUUUUUUUGUGGAUUGAAUCUUGUGGGUGGCCUUGGUAUGGCUGGAACUAGUAGAGGAGGUUUGUCCAGGACUUUGUUAGAGGUUGGCUUUGAGAUCCUAGGCAAAGUUCAUACCUGGCUGGGUAGUGGGGAGCGAUAAUGUCUUCCACAAUAAGUCAGUGCUGUUAUAAGAUAAAAUAAUGGAUGGGAAAGGACCAAGUCUUAAAAAAAAAAAAAACAACAACAAAACUAAUAUCAGUGAUACUUCCACGUGUGCAGCAUCCAGAGGGAGAGCAGUGUUGUACACAUCCUCCUUAACCCACACCUCCUUAGUUGUGGGGUCUUUUAAGAAAAAGUUAGAUCCCAAAGGAGUGAACUUGAAGGGGACAUGUGCUUUGUUUUUGUCCAGAUCAGGCAUAGCUUAAGGUGAAAAGCCCAAGGCUUGGCUGACAGUGGCCGGGGAACUGUUUUGUUUGUUUCAAUCUGAAUCUGGAGUGAGUCAUGGCCACUUGUCCUGGUGAAAUGGCAAAUCUGGGCUUCCUGUGGUUCCAAAAGUCUGGGGCUGGAAAUCCACAAGUGAGCUGGUGGUUGGGCUGGUUAAAGGACAGCCUGGGUAUUCUAGAAGUGUUUGAGGAUCUCUUCCAUGAGGGAAGAGGAGAAAGUUUAUAAAUAAACUUUAAGUGUCCUCAGCAUUCUUUUUCAAAGGAGACAAUCCUUCAACUCCGGUUAGGACCAAAUUAGUAUCUCUCUUUUUACCCAUCUUUAGUUGGAAUGGGGAAAGGAGGAAAUAGGUUCUUUUGUCUUUUUCUGUUCUCUCCCUGUCCCUAGUUCCUUCCCUCAGUCCUCACAUACUCACAUGCACACACUAACCUUGAAGCAAUGAGAUUGAGUGACUGGCACUUGGGACCACAGAGAAAUGUCAGAGUGUUUGGUUACAAGACUCAAGGAAACCUCUCAUUUUAGAGGGCUUAUUUGUUUUUAAGCAAAAUUUUGGACUGUGAAGCAAGGCAUUGGGUGAAGACAAGAUGGCCUCCCCGGCUGACAGUUGUAUCCAGUUCACACGCCAUGCUAGUGAUGUUCUUCUCAACCUGAAUCGCCUCCGGAGCCGUGAUAUCUUAACUGAUGUUGUCAUUGUGGUGAGCCGUGAACAGUUUAGAGCCCAUAAGACAGUCCUCAUGGCCUGCAGUGGCCUUUUCUACAGCAUCUUCACAGACCAGCUGAAAUGCAACCUUAGUGUGAUCAAUCUGGAUCCUGAGAUCAACCCUGAGGGGUUCUGCAUCCUUUUGGACUUUAUGUACACAUCUCGGCUCAACCUUCGGGAAGGCAACAUCAUGGCUGUGAUGGCCACAGCUAUGUACCUGCAGAUGGAGCAUGUCGUGGACACUUGCCGCAAGUUUAUCAAAGCCAGUGAAGCAGAGAUGGUUCCUCCCAUCAAGCCUCCUCGUGAAGAGUUCUUGAACAGCCGGAUGUUGAUGCCCCAAGACAUCAUGGCCUAUCGGGGUCGUGAGGUGGUAGAGAACAACCUACCGCUAAGGAACACCCCUGGAUGUGAAAGCAGAGCCUUUGCCCCUAGCCUUUACAGUGGCCUAUCCACACCACCAGCUUCUUAUCCCAUGUAUAGCCACCUCCCGGUCAGCAGUUUCCUCUUCUCUGAUGAGGAGCUACGAGAUUCCCGGAUGCCUAUGGCCAAUCCUUUUCCCAAGGAGCGGGGCCUCCCCUGUGAUAGUGCCAGGCCAGUGCCCAGUGAGUACACCCGGCAUGCCAUGGAGGUGUCCCCCAGUAUGUGCCACAGCAACAUCUACUCACCCAAGGAGGCUGUCCCAGAAGAGGCACGAGGUGACAUGCACUACAGUGUGGCUGAGGGCCCCAAGCCUGCCGCCCCCUCAGCCCGGAAUGCCCCGUACUUCCCCUGUGACAAGGCCAGCAAAGAAGAAGAAAGACCCUCUUCGGAGGAUGAGAUUGCCCUGCAUUUCGAGCCCCCUAACGCACCCCUGAACCGGAAGGGUCUGGUGAGUCCACAAAGCCCUCAGAAAUCCGACUGCCAGCCUAACUCCCCCACGGAGUCCUGCAGUAGCAAGAAUGCCUGCAUCCUUCAGGCCUCUGGAUCCCCUCCAGCCAAGAGCCCCACUGACCCCAAAGCCUGCAACUGGAAGAAGUACAAGUUCAUCGUGCUCAACAGCCUCAACCAGAAUACCAAACCUGAGGGGCCUGAGCAGGCUGAGCUGGGCCGCCUCUCCCCACGAGCCUACACUGCCCCCUCUGCCUGCCAGCCACCCAUGGAGCCUGAGAACCUUGACCUCCAGUCUCCAACCAAGCUCAGUGCCAGUGGGGAGGACUCCACCAUCCCACAAGCCAGCCGGCUCAAUAACAUUGUCAACAGGUCUCUGACAGGUUCACCCCGUAGCAGCAGUGAGAGCCACUCGCCGCUCUACAUGCACCCCCCCAAGUGCACAUCCUGUGGCUCUCAGUCCCCGCAGCAUGCAGAGAUGUGCCUGCACACUAGUGGGCCCUCGUUCCCUGAGGAGACUGGAGAGACCCAGUCCGAGUACUCGGAUUCCAGCUGUGAGAACGGGGCCUUCUUCUGCAAUGAGUGUGACUGCCGCUUCUCUGAGGAGGCCUCGCUCAAGAGGCACACGCUGCAGACCCACAGCGACAAACCCUACAAGUGUGACCGCUGCCAGGCCUCCUUCCGCUACAAGGGCAACCUCGCCAGCCACAAGACCGUCCACACGGGCGAGAAACCCUAUCGUUGUAACAUCUGUGGGGCCCAGUUCAACCGGCCAGCCAAUCUGAAGACCCAUACUCGAAUUCACUCUGGAGAGAAGCCCUACAAAUGCGAAACCUGUGGAGCUAGAUUUGUUCAGGUCGCCCACCUCCGUGCCCACGUGCUCAUCCACACUGGUGAGAAGCCCUAUCCUUGCGAAAUCUGUGGCACCCGUUUCCGGCACCUUCAGACUCUGAAGAGCCACCUGCGCAUCCACACGGGAGAGAAACCUUACCAUUGCGAGAAGUGCAACCUGCAUUUUCGUCACAAAAGCCAGCUGCGACUUCACUUGCGCCAGAAGCAUGGCGCCAUCACCAACACCAAGGUGCAGUACCGCGUGUCGGCCACUGACCUGCCUCCGGAGCUCCCCAAAGCCUGCUGAAGCAUGGAGUGUUGAUGCUUUCCUCUCCAGCCCCUUCUCAGAGUCUACCCAAAGGAUACUGUAACACUUUAUGAUGUUCAUCCCAUGAUGUAGUGCCUCUUUCAUCCACUAGUGCAAAUCAUAGCUGGGGGUGGGGGUGGGGUCAGGGCCUGGGGGGUAGGAGCCAUGGCAGCUCCUGGCCCCCCCGCUGCCAUAAAACAUUAAGAAAAUAAUAUUGCUUCUCCUAUGUGUACGGCGAACCACGUCAGCAAAAAGCAAAAUCAUUUUAUAUAUCAAAGUGGGGGAGUACGCAAAAGUUCUGACUUGACAGUCUGCAAAAUGAGGAAUGUAUAUGUUUUGUGGGAACAGAUGUUUCUUUUGUAUGUAAAUGUGCAUUCUUUUAAAAGACAAGACUUCGGUAUGUUAUCAAAGAGAGGGCUUUAAUUUUUUUAACCAAAGGUGAAGGAAUAUAUGGCAGAGUUGUAAAUAUAUAAAUAUAUAUAUAUAUAUAAUAUAAAUAUAUAUAAACUUAAAAAAGAUAUAUUAAAAAUAUAAAACUGCGUUAAAGGCUCGAUUUUGUAUCUGCAGGCAGACACGGAUCUGAGAAUCUUUAUUGAGAAAGAGCACUUAAGAGAAUAUUUUAAGUAUUGCAUCUGUAUAAGUAAGAAAAUAUUUUGUCUAAAAUGCCUCAGUGUAUUUGUAUUUUUUUGCAAGUGAAGGUUUACAAUUUACAAAGUGUGUAUUAAAAAAAAAAAAGAACAAAAAAAGCUGCAGAAGGAAAAAUGUGUAACUUUGUUCUAGUUUUCAGUCUGUAUAUACCUGUACAACGUGUCCUCACGGUGCCUUUUUUCAGACGUUUUCAGUGAUGGACGAGUGUGCGCCAUCCCUUUUUGAAGUGUAGGCAGACACAGGGACUUGAAGUUGUCACUAACUAAAACUCUUUUUGGGAAUGUUUGUCUCAUCCCAUUCUGCGUCAUGCUUGUGUUGUAACUACUCCGGAGACAGGGUUUGGCUGUGUCUAAACUGCAUUACCGCGUUGUAAAAUAUAGCUGUACAAAUAUAAGAAUAAAAUGUUGAAAAGUCG